AUGACUUUAGGAAUAGCUCUAACCAUAGUGUUUUUACUGAAUUUAUGUCAAACAAAACAUGUUUGCAAAGUCCCUAGAGCUUCACCAGUAAUUCAUGCUACGUCAUAUGAUUCCCUAUCAAAACGGAGCACAGUCAACACUCAGUUGAAAUUUUCCAUCGUAUAUACAUCGGGAUUUCAGAAUAAUACUCUGUUUGAACAGAUAAAGACAAAAAUUGUUUUGCCUGCGCUUACGUACUGGGAAAAAUCAUUAGGUGUGAAGAAGAUUGCUUCAGACAAUAUCAUACUUGAGAGACAAUGUUUGGAUGGGCAAACGUCAUAUGUAAAAUGGCCAAAUGGUACAAUUGGUAUAUAUUGCAAUAAAGGUUGUGAAAAUAUCACUAGAUGUUUCACAGAACCCAUACCUGAUAACUAUCUUAAUGGAUGUAAAACGUUUGUUGCGAAUAAGCCUAGUAUACAAGGUUCAAGAGGAUCAGGAAUACCACCAAACGGUUAUUUGGUUUUUGUGGAUGCUUCAGCAACUGAACCAUGUCAAAGUGAAGAUUUGUUGGCUUAUGCACUGGCGUGUCAACUUGAGUUUGGUACUGACAGGCCAGUGGCAGGUUACGUUAAUAUGUGUCCAACUCAACUGUCAAUAAAGCCAGAAGACGUUCGUUCAAGUAUUUCUACUUUCAUUCAUGAAAUGGCACACGCUUUGGGAUUUUCAAGUACAUCAUAUGCAUUUCUACGUGAAGAAGAUGGUACACCACGUACACCUAGAGACCCUCAAACUAACUUACCUGCGCUUGGUCAAGAUUCGGACUAUAUUUAUCUAGCCAGUAAAUCGACUGUUACAAAGGUUCAGCGAAUCUGGGUUUCUGCAGUCUCCACAACUAUACGAACUAUAGAUGUCUUUGUGCUUCCAAGUGUAUUGGCAGAGGCUAGAGCUCACUAUAACUGUCCUACAAUGGAUGGAAUGGAUUUAGAAAAUGAUGGAGGAUCUGGAACAGCUUUUGUUCACUUUGAAAAAAGAAUCACUGAAGAUGAACUCAUGUCAGGAAGUUAUUCAAAAGAUUCUUACGUGUCUUCUUUAACGUUGGCCUACUUCAAAGAUACCGGGUGGUAUAAUGUAAAUAUGUCUAUGGCCCAAAAUUGGAGGUUCGGUAAAAACUGGGGAUGUGAAUUUGUUCAACUGAGUUGCUACGAAUACAUGAAAAUACAAAUGGCAAAGAAUAAUCCUAUCACCCCUUAUUGCAAUAAGCUUUCAAGCACUGAUGUAAAAUGCUUAGUUUACGACGAUGCCUUCGGCUCCUGUGACCUUCAGCGCCAAAAAGAGAAAGUACCUGGGGAAAAUCAAUAUUUUACCAGUAUAGAUGGUGUUUCUGCUUCUGACUUACCAUAUUAUGCAGGUGGACCUUCUUUAAGUGACCGCUGUCCAAUACACAGGCCAUUUGAACCAGUAACUGGAUAUAAAUAUACAUCAUAUUGUCGUCAUAUUGAAAAUCAAGAUAACAUUGAUUCGCAAAACAAUUAUGCUUUACAAUAUUUUGGUCAGGAUUCAAUAUGUGUUAAUCAUGAUACAUACGCACCAUGGAUCAGUAUUGUAGGGGGAUUUUACAGAGAUAUAUCUUUUCCCUACGCAAGUUGUCAUAAAUACAAUUGUUCAAGUGUUGGUAUUGAAUUACUUGUUGGACAACAAGUUACAAAAUGUUCUGAUGGAGAAUCUAUUCCAAUAAAUGCUUACAGUAAUAACAUUAAUGCCAGAGGAUUAGUACUAUGUCCAACUUGUAACGCAGCUUGCAGUGUUUGUUCCUACACAUCUGUUGUAAGCAACCGAACCAAUUCAGCAGUUCAUACUACCAGUAAUAACAAUAUAUUACUUAUUCAUUGGAUUAUGUUGUAUAACGUUUUUAAUCUACAUAUUUUUCUCAUUUAG